UCCAACUUCUUUAAAAAAAUAGUUCGACUUGUCUGAGUUUAUAACACUAAUUGCUGAAUUUUAAUCAUAAAAUCAUGGAUAACUCUCAAAAUUUGAGCUACCAAGCUGGUCAAGCCAAGGGCCAAGCCCAGGAAAAGGGUAACCAAAUGAUGGACAGAGCUGCCAAUGCUGCACAGUCUGCUAAGGAAUCAUUACAAGAGGCGGGACAACAAAUGCAGGCCAAAGCACAAGGAGCGGCUGAUGCAGUUAAAAAUGCUACUGGCUUGAACAAAUGAAAUUCUAAUUUCGAUGGGUUCUUAUGUAAUCGCCUCUAAAAUAAUUUAAAAUAUUGUUGUUAUUUCAAA